GGAUCGCAACAGAAUGUAUGACGAGCAUCAAGAAAAAGUGAGCAAGCUUCUACAAGGAAAACAACAUUCACUGGAAGUGGCCAAAGAUGUCACCAGCACUGCUUCAGACAAUGACUUCCUGUCCCUCUAUCCUGUCAUCAGCAAAGAUUUGAAAUCACUCAAGAGUCGAAACCCUCCCAAGGUGGACGUGUUCCUUUCAUAUCUGAGUUUCACUCCAGGGCAGUGGACUGACAUCAAUCUGGGUGAGCUGGAGGAGAAAGGCAGGAAGUGGGAGAUGUGCUGCGAGGUUGGCAAAACGGGAGACAGUCCAGGAAACUUCCAGUUGGCUAUCAGUGUUGCUGUAGCUCCAUCUGGUGAAGUUGCUGUGGCAGACUGUUUGGACAACCAGGUGGUGCUGUGCAGCAGUGAGGGACAACCCAAGGCAAAAAUUCCCCUACAUUCACGUCCAUACAGAAUCACAGCUGUGCACAGUCAUGACAAUCAAUUAGUGGUUGUAGAUGACACCAAGUAUGUCAAGGUGUUCAAUAAGAAGAACAAGCUGGCCUUCCAGUUUCCCACAGUGCCACAGAGUGCGGUUGACAAGACACGAAUGAACCUCCGUGGUGUAGCAGUCAGGAAGGAUGGUACCAUCCUAGUGGGUGAUGUGAACAGGAUGGUAUGGACCGAACACAGUCCCACUGAUGGUGCAUUGCUCCGCACCAUACCAGUGCAGACUCCACCUUGGUUCCUUGCUGUGGAUGACCACAACGAUAGGGUUGUGGUCAGCGGAGGUGGCAGUCAGAAAGUGGACAUUGCUACCAACUAUGGCAUCACUCUGGCCACCAUCAGACCCACUAUCAAAGGUCAGCAAGUGCAACUCUGCCAUGGUGUUUGCUGCAACAACUCUGGUUUUUGCAUUGUGGUGCGCAAUGGGCCUAACACUGGCCAUGUCCACCACUAUGACCUCGAUGGCAAUUUCCUCAUUUGGUGGGCUCAGGGUCUGAGUAAUCCAUAUGGCAUCACAUUUACACCAUAUGGGAAGUUUUUAGUUGCUGAUAGCUACUCAGUGAAAAUGUAUCAUAAGGUGUGAUGCAUUCAACAGACUUUGCCUGCAUCAUCAUCCCAACAAACAGUAUGUCAUCAGUAACAGGCUGAAUCAGUCAACUUUCACUGUCCACAUAUUCCAAAUCUGGCUUGAAAACAUGCAAACACAACUAUAAAAACUUUAUUAAUAAAUUAAUAUUUAAGAUGAAUCCUAUUGUCUCAGCCCAAACGCUUAAAUUGAGGUGUAAAAUGUUUUCUUCAGUCUUCAUCUUCAGUGAAAUGACAUCAUUUAGUUCAUUUAGUCAUUCAUACAUUUUUUCUGAAGGUUAGAAACAGGUGUUUCUUUUCCAGUUAUGUCUAAAAUUCAGAUACAUGUACUGUGAAUAUUUGCAUUAAUUUGUACACUUCAUGAUUAAAGUAGUCUAUUUUUGACUACCCUUAAUUCAGUGACAUUUUAUGUUAUAUCUAUCUCCUAUAAUUUGUAAAUAUAUACUUUUAAAAUGUGGUUUUAUCUAUUUUAUAUUUAGAAACUUGUUCCAAUGGAUAUCCUCAAAAUUACAUUUGAUGUCUUUUUGCACUGAUAUUAAAGAUGUCGAGACACAAUUAGGACCAGGUUUUCUUUUUGGAAUGCAGCGUACUCAUAGUAGCGUAUUAGAUACUUAUUUCGCAUUUGAAACUACGCUGUGGCUUACUUGACCUCAACUAUUUUUGUCACCAACCUCCCAAUGGCCUCUGUUCCAUAUACGCAGACGGUCGACUGCUCAUUCUCUCAGAACCAUAAACAUUUGAGGGUCAAGAAAUGUCAAGUAAAGUAACUGGAGCUGAGCUCUUUUUCUCCUAAAUUCUGUAAAACCUUCCAAAUAUCUUGAGGUAUCUGAGACAGCGUCUACUGUUAGUAUGCAAGGGGGACCUUUUUUACUCUAACAGUUUCUAGUUUGCUAUCAAACCUCCACAUUUCAUGAAUUGAUGCAAAUGUGAAACUGAUAACUGAUUCAUUGAAAGAAAUAAUGCUCAUUGUUUUUCUUCACUUUUCUGUCUGGACUCAUGGGUCCUGGAUAAUCAUAUAAUUUGUUUUCAAACUAGUCGACUUAUUACAUUUGUACAGGUUUUGAUUUCCAUAAUUUCAACAUCACCUUGUUUUAGAUUUAUCUUCAUUUCUGCUGUAAGAUACUUCAUUUUGGCAGUUUGUACCUAAGGGCUGAGAUCACCAGAAAAAGCCCCGUCAUUUUAUUCAUUACCUGUUUCAAUUUUUGUCAAAUUGUUCUUUAAGAGACGAGGCUCAUUUUGUACCUUUAAUUUUCUUUCUGGAUUCAUGAGUCAUUCACAGUGUUAUGAUUUGUAUUUAAACCAAUCUACUUAUUAUACUUCUAGUUUCAAUUUUCUUAAUAUCAACACAUUUCCUGCCGUAUAUUUUAUCUUUAUUGCUGCUGCAUGAUAAAAGGAUAGCUGCAAUCAGUGCUUUAUCGACAAAACGUCCAAAUGCACCUUUGUAUCUCAGUUGACCUUAUUUACAAGUUUUGUUUCACCAUUUCAAAGGAUAUUUUACUGCCAUUUUGGCUCAUGUGCUAAUGAGUAGUUUCAUGUCCAUGAGCAAAACUAUGAUGUCAUCCCAGGAAGAAGCUUCAAUGAUAUAACGCUGGUUUCUACACAAAAAUUCCUGCAUUCUUGAAGAUUUUGCUGGACUCUGGGUUUUUUGCUGAUUCGUCGUUGUUUAUGUGCAAAGAAAUAAGCAAGCAUCAAUUCCUCUUUCAGAAAUGUUUUCAUUAAGUAAAUUCUGGGUUGACUACAUGUAUUUGAACUGAAAAGCCCAUGCACUGAACUGUGUCUUCCGUAGAUGACUUCACAGCAACUGUGCCCUCAGUUGUCCAAUAAAGCAUGGAUAUGUUUGUCUUAAAAAGUAAAUUUUUAAUGCAUUAAACCUAAAUCGAAUGGAAAAGAGUUUUCAUACAUUGAUGUAGAGUACAUAGUUGCAGAAAUAUUGUUUGUAAGAACAAUACAAAGUUGAAGAUUUUUUUAAAAUAUUCAUUAGUUAUUACAGCUACACUAUAAAUGCUUGUAGUUUGUACAUAAAUUUGAGCUUAAAUCACUACCAAAACCCCCCUGUAAUCUAAUUCUUUCGUCAGUUGAAAAAUUACUCUUUCUUGUAAAAUUGUUCUGAUUGGGAGUGAAACUUUUGAUAUUUUAAUGAAUAGAGACUAUCUGAGCCUCUAAAUCUAUAAGCUACCUUGAGAUCCGCACAUUUUUAAAAAGUGGAAUAAUUAUUGACAGACGAGUUAACCGAACUUGUUAUUCAAAAUAGCGUUCAAAGUCUUGUAACUCGUUUUGCCUUCAUUGUUUGAGGUUAAGUAACUUUGCUCGAAAUUAACGUUAAUAAUAAAAAUGCUUUACUAA